AUGAGUUUCAUAGAUGAGGCUAUGGAAGUUGAAUAAAAUGAUGGUAAGGUUCAAGAAGUUCAUCAACAGAAUAGAUUCCUUCAUUCUAAGAGAAUGAUUAUAGUUGAUGAGAAAUGUUAAGCAAUUGUUCCUGAUAAACCAGAGAAGACUUUCGAAAAAUUUAUUUAACAUGUAAAUUUUAAUUAUUAUGUUAAGAGACAAAGUUUGAUAUUUUAAAGUGAAAAAAUUGAAAAACUAUAAAACAUUGAUGAUUAUCUUCUUUUUGCGCAAUCUUUAAUUUUAAGUUAGUUGGAUGAAUAAACAAUUGAGGAUCCAAAAAAGAAAAGCAAAGGAUUUAGUGGUGAUGGAUUAAUUUUAAGUGGUUUAUCAAUCACUUAAGAAUAAGUUAAUGAAAGAGCUUUAAUGUUUUUAAAGUAAAUGGACUAUAAUAUAAUAAAAGCAAAAUUUUAUUUGUUAUUUCCAAGUUUAUUAGUUUAUAAUCAAUAUAAGCAUAGACAUUCAUUAUAAUUUACUAAUGAAUACAUGAAUGAAAAAAUUGAAUAGUAUAUUAGUAAAUUGAAUGAAGAUAAAAUGAUGUAACAAAAUAAAUGGAAAUAGGAUCUUAUGGAUAUGAUAAAUAGCAAAUAAAAAGUGCAUUUGACUCAACUUUAAACAUUACUAGAAUAAGGAUAAUAAUUAAAAUAUGAAGUUCCUGAAUCAAUAAAAUAAAUUCAUUCAACAUCAAUACAAAUAUAAAAAUAAAUAAAUAAAUUAUUAAAAGAAAAAUAAACAUUAGAAAAAUUAAGUUAAAGUUUAGAAAAAUUAGAGGAAUAAAUUCCAAUCAUCACUCCAGAAAUAUAAUAAUUAAGAGAAUAAGUUUAAAAAUCUGAAACAUUUUAUUAAAAAUUAUUGAAACUUCCUAUUCCAAUUGAUGAUAAUAAUAAUUUUGAUGAAAUCUUUGAAAAUCUUAUUUCUAAUUCUUAGUCUUAAAAAAUUCAAUUGAAAAUUCUUAUUAAUUAUAAUAUAGAAUAUAAAUAACUUCCUAUUGAAAUAAAAGCAUUUGAAUAAUUACAUAAAAGAUUAUAUGAAUAUGUGUUAGAUUUAGUUGAAAAGAUAAGUAAAUUUACUAAGAUUUAAUAAACUAAAACUAGAUUAGGAUAAUAUAUAUCAAAUUAAGGAGAAAAAACAGAAAAAAUAACAUUAUCUUAAGCUGGAAUAUUUAAUUAAUAGAUAAUAAAAUUAAUAGUGACUUGUGAUGAUUUUGAUUAUUUUAAUGAAUUAUAUUAAUAAGCUUUAGAAUUAAAUGAGAAAGUAAAAUAAUAAAUUGAUGAUCCUGAAAUGUAAUAAAAAUUAUUAGGUGAAGUGUUAGAUUGUCCAUUUUAUUUAGAUGUUUAAGAAAGAUUAUAAAAUAUGAUAGAUUAUACUUAAAUAUUGGAUUCUAUUAAAUUAAAAAUGUCUGAAAGAUAACAUCAAAUUGCAAAUCAAUAAAUUUAAAUGUUAUUAGGUAAAGGAAUAAUAAAUGAUGAAUUGAAAUAUCUUUAAAAUUAAACAUUAAAAGUAUUAGAAUGGAACUAAUUAGCUGAUGAAAUUAUAUCUUAUCAUUAAAAUAUAUCAUUAAUAGAUAUAUAUGAUGAAAAUUUUGAAUUAAAAUAAUAUCCAUCUACAUUAUUUUAUCCAACAUCAGAUAUUAUCAAAUAAUUGGAUCCAGAGAAAGUUAAAGAAAUUGAAUAAAUAUUAGAAAGAAUUUAAAUUUGGAAAGAAUAAUUAAUAUCUUUAAUGGAUUGUAAGUAAGUUUAAACUACUAGAAAAAAUAAUUAAAAUAAAACAUUUUAUAAAUUAUGGGAACUUUUUAAAGAAGGAUUAAGAUACAAAUAAGAAAUAACACUGAUGACUAAAGUUAAAGAUAUAAUAAUAUCUAUUUUAGAUUGGCAUGCCUAAGUAUACAUGAUUAAAUAGAUAUUAAGAUUGAGUGAUGAUUAAAGUUAAUAAAUUGAUGGUAUAGAUACUAUAUGUAGAAUAUAUAUAUAAAGAAAUGGAACAUCACAUACAUCAGAUUAAAUUGAAAAAUUAUAAAAGUUUCAAUCUCCUUUUAUUAGUGGAUCUAAAGAUUUAUAAAUUAUUUAGACUUUAAUAUAACAUACUGAAAAAUGGGAAACAGAUGCAAAAUAAGCUAUUCAAACAUAAAAUUAAGAAUAAAUAAAAUAUUUAUUAGAUGAAUCUUUAAAAUUACCAAUUGAUGAAUAAUUAUUUAAAGAAUUAUAGAAUUUGUAUGCAUCAAAUUAAAAAGUUAAUUGGAUUUUAUCAACUAUUGCUACAUCUGAUCCAUUAUUUGAUUAAAUUUUAUAAACUUUAAAAAAUGAUGAGUCAAUAAAAUAAAUGAAGGAAGAAAUGUUAGCAAUAUAUGCUGAUAAUCCAUAAAAUAAAAAAAAGAAAGAAGGUAUUAAAUUGUCUAAAUUGGCAUAAAAUUUCUUUUUAAAUUUUUAAAAUACAAUUAAUAGUUAUUUAGUAUAAUUGACUUAAUUAGAUGAUAAUAAAUUAAAGAAAUUAUAGCCAAUAAGAAUUUAACGAUUAAAAGAAUAUCAAAAAGAUGUUUAUAAUGAUGACAUCAAUAAAUAAAUAGAGGAUUGGAUUUAAUAAUAUCAAUAAUGGUAGAUGUAGAUUACAAAUUUAAAUGAAUAGCAAUAAUAAAAGAAAAAGAAAAAAAGAAUAGAUUCAGAAUCAUAACCUGAAACUUUUUCUUUAACUGGUGAAUUACUUUAUAAUUUCAAAGUUCCUCAGUUGCUUUGUCUUGUUCUUUAAGGAAUUGAGAAAAAUUAUAUCAGCUAAGAAUUAAUUAGUUCAAUUGAGAAAUUAGUUAUUAUUAAUAAAUAAGCAUAGAUAGCUUUAAGUGUUUAGAGUGUUAAAGAGAUAACUUAUUUUUCUGAAGUUUUUAUGCCAUAAUUUUAUGUAAUGGGUAAAAAGUUUAGAGUAAUUAAUAAUUGGAUGUAAAUGGCAACAGAAAUGAUUAAUGAUAUCCCACGAUUAAAAAAUAUUAUAAUGAUAUAGAAAUUAAGACCUUUUCUUGAAUAUCUUGAUUAAUUGUAACCUUAAGAAUUUAUGAUAUCUAAAUCUGUAUAAUAAUAAUAGCCAUCUAUAAAAUAAAAAUAAUAAUAAUAAUAAUAAUCUUAAAUCAUAACUACUUAAUCUAAUAUUAAAAAGAAAACACAAAAAUAUAUCAAUAAACUAAAAAAUUAAUCUCAAGAUGAAUCACAACCUACUUAUGAUUAAGAAAGUUAAUCAUUAAAACAUUCUAAAAGAGUUAAAUAAGUUUCAAAACUUAUGAGAGAUGAUAAUAUAGCAUUUUAUGAUUCAAAUAUUCCAUUAGCAAAAGCUUUUAGAUCUUCACCCAAUGAAGUUAUUAAUUCUGAUCCUGUUAUGUUAGCACUUAAAAAAUAAAUUAUAUAGAAAAGAAUUUAUAAGAAAGGAUUGAAUAGAAAGAUAUCUUCUAAUUUAGAAAUAGAAGGUAAUAGUUCUAAUUUUUUGGAUCAUGUCAAAAAUUCAUCUCAAGAAUUACUAAAUCUUUAUAGUUAGGAUGAAAUUUAUUGUACAUGCAGAUAAGGUGGAGAAUCAGCUAUAACAGAAUUUUAGAUUUUAAAAAGCUUACAUGAAAAAAAUGUUGAAUAAUUUUAUAAUUAUCAUACUAAAUUAUAGCAAUAAGUUAAAUUUAUGAUAUGUUGUGAUAAUUGUGAAGAAUGGUAUCAUUAUGAAUGUAUGGGUAUCUAAAAAUAAAGAGAAUAAUAAUUAGAUAAAUAUAAUUGCAGAAGUAAUAUUAUUAUAUUAUAUUAGUUUGUCUUUAGAAAAAUAAUAUUCCAUUUUUAAUUCUUAAUGAAAAUCUAUGGGAAUAAUAUAUUGAUUCAAAUAGUGAACUAUAUGAAGAUUAUUAAAAACAUAAAAUAUUAUUUGAAAAAAAUAUACUCCCUAACUCAGGAGAAUAUAUUUAUAGUCAAUUUCUAUUGCCAACAAUUGAAGAAUUUAAAUAAUUUGUUAGGAUUGGUGAAUAAUUACCUGCAUAAUUAAUUGAAUUGGAAUUGCUUUAAUUAUUAGAAUAAAGAGUUGAUGAAUGGAAAUUAAGAUAUUAAGAUCAUACAAAUCUAAAUCUUGCUUAAUUGAUUGCUCUUUAUUCUGAAAGUUAAUGGUUACCAAUAUAAUUAUCAGAAUCAAAGCAUUUAUUGUCUCUUAUAAGUUAAAGAGAAUUUUUAAAUACUGCAAAUGAAUUAUUAUAAUGCAAGGCUACAUUUAAAACAAAAUAAUUAAAAAAAUAUUAAUAAGAGAAAACAGAAUAAUUAUAUUUGUUUAUAAAAUAAAAAUAUCCAGAAUAACUCUAAGAAAUUGAUCAUUUAAUUAUUAAGACUAUUUAAAUGUUAAGAAUCUAAGCUGACCUCAAUAGUUAAAUAUAGUAACAAUUAAAAUCGUAAUUAACAUUUGAAUAAUAUGAAUAAUUGGCAAAUUAAUUUGAAAAAGAAGUUAAACAUCAUAUAUUACUAACUGAUAUCAAAUUUUCACUUCCAAAAUUAACAGAACUUAGAUAAUAAAUUACUAAACUUCAAUAAUGGAAUGCUGAAAUUUUGGCUAUUUUCAAAGAUAUUGAUGAUAUUUAUACUACGAAUGUAUAUUUUUAUAUCAAUUUUUAAGUUAAAUCAGUAACAUUAUGAUACAAAACCUUAUUUAUCAGAAAUACAAGUAAAAUUAAAAGAAUAUGAAAUGAUUUCAAUUAAAGUUCCUAACUUAUGUUAUGAAUUUCUUAAAGCACUUUAAGCAAAAGCAGAAGAAUUAAUAUAUAUUAUUAAUAAUAAUUUAUCUUAAUUAUCUUAAGAUGAAUAAUUUGAAUUAGUUAAAACAGUAUACUUAUUGAAGUGCAAGAUCCCUCAAUUUAAAGAUUUGUUAUUUAGCAAGUAUUGUAUCAUAAAUAUUAUAGACUUAAUAAAGAUGUAUAAAUGAAAGUUGUUGAAUGGUUACCUCCAUAAAAUCAUGGACUUAAUUGA